CCCCUACCGUACUUAAUUUGGCGAUGCUAACUAAACCUAAGUUUGGGCCAACCUGAACAAGUGGAGUUGGGAGGGAAGUGAACACCACUACCCCGACACCCUCAAACGUGAGGACCAAACUCGUUGGUUGUUAUACACAAAACAUUAAACCUCUUCAACAAGCAAGCGCUUCUAUCUUUCUCUGUUUCUCAACAGCAUGACCGUCGUUGGUGUUCUCGCGUUGCAAGGCUCUUUCAACGAGCACAUAGCUGCUCUUAGAAGGUUAGGGGUGAAAGGCGUGGAGAUUCGGAAACCGGAGCAGCUUCACACCGUUACUUCCCUCAUCAUCCCCGGUGGAGAAAGCACCACCAUGGCUAAACUCGCCGAGUAUCACAACUUGUUUCCUUCCUUGCGAGAGUUUGUACAAAUGGGAAAGCCUGUUUGGGGAACCUGUGCAGGGCUUAUAUUCUUGGCAAAUAAAGCUGUAGGACAGAAGACUGGUGGACAACAUCUGGUUGGUGGACUUGAUUGUACAGUGCAUAGAAAUUUCUUUGGCAGCCAGAUUCAAAGCUUUGAGGCAGAGCUUUCAGUGCCAGAGCUCACCUCCAAGGAAGGUGGUCCUGAAACAUUUCGUGGGAUUUUUAUUCGUGCACCUGCAAUUCUUGAAGCAGGGCCUGAAGUUCAAGUGCUGGCUGAUUAUCCUGUAUCUUCUAACAGAUUGUUGAAUUCUGAUUCCUCUGUUGAAGACAAAACGGAAAAUGCUGAGGAAGAAAGUAAAGUUAUAGUUGCUGUGAGACAAGGGAACAUACUAGGAACUGCUUUUCAUCCUGAAUUGACAUCUGAUACUCGAUGGCAUAGUUAUUUUAUAAAAAUGUCAAAUGAGAUUAUAGAAGAGGCCUCCUCAAGUAGCCUUGUUCCUGCACAAGUCGGUACAAGUCACAAUCAACCAUCUCUCAGUGACCUUCCUAUCUAUCAAUAGGACCGCAAUACUCGCCAAGCCUUUCUUGAACAAUUGUGGAUGAUUUUUUUUUUUCAUUGAUGGAUCUUAGAAAAUAGCUAAAAAGUAUUCUUUUUCAUAUUUUUGACAAUAGUAUUAUAUAUAAACUUUGGUGUUUUCUAGUGUGUAUGUAGUCACCUGGAUGUCAAUAUUCAUUCUAGCAUUUUCUGUUGGUGAUCAUAAGUAGCUAUUUGCUACCUAAUUGUUAUUCUGGCA